AUGGCUUGGGGCUGGGAACAAUCCGAUGACGCUCACCGUCAGGUCUACGAAGGCGAGCACCACGAGGCCAAGUUCUCCCACGAGCUUUUGGCCGGUGCCGCUUCCUUCGAGGGCAUGAAGCUCUUCGAGGACCACCAGCGCAAGCAGGGCAAGACUGUCAACCACGCUUUCGCCAAGGAGCUCCUUGCUGGCUUCGUCGGUGCCGAGAUUGACAAGCUGGCCGAGACCAAGGGCAUGGACGAGGUCGAGAAGCACCGUGCCAAGAAGCACGCCGAGGAGAACGCCCACCGCAUGUACGAGGAGCACUACGAGCGCGGUCACGGUGCCCCCGAAUACGACCCUCGCAUCCCUCCUCCUCCCCGCUUCGGUAACGAGGGCCGUGGCUGGUACUAA